ACCGCACCGACGCCAUUUUUCUAUCAAUGAAGUCAUCAUAAGUUGCGUGCUCUCAGGACGCCAUUUUAUUAAAAUAAUAGAUUCAAUUAUCUGCAGUGAAAACGGUUUUAAUUUAUAUUAGUGAACGUUAAGUAAGUUCAAAAUGAGUUACGGAAGACCUCCGCCGCGUAUUGACGGCAUGGUGUCGUUGAAAGUGGACAAUCUCACAUAUCGUACUACCCCUGAAGAUUUACGCCGCGUUUUCGAAAGGUGUGGGGAAGUAGGCGACAUUUAUAUUCCCCGUGAUCGUUACACAAGGGAAAGCAGAGGAUUCGCUUUUGUCAGGUUUUACGACCGACGCGACGCGGAGGAAGCGCUGGACUCGCUCGACGGGCGCAUGCUGGACGGAAGGGAGCUGCGAGUGCAGAUGGCUCGCUACGGAAGGCCUUCGUCGCCCUACAGAAGCCGGUACGACCGCAGACGCAGUGGUUCCCGCUCCGGGUCUCGCUCGCGCCGCCGCUCGCGGUCUCGCUCGCGCUCCCGCAAGCGCUCGUACUCGCGCAGCCGCUCGCGCUCCCGCAGCCGCAGCCGCUCGGACUCCAAGAGCUCGCGCGGCCGCUCCCGCAGCCGCUCGCAUUCCAGGUCCCGCUCCAGGCAUUGAAGUGCUGAGUUGAGAGUACCGGUUUAGAGCUGAAGCUGUGCCAGCUAUCUCGUGCACUCUUCGGCCAAGGUACUAGCUCUCACUUACUCUAGCCCCACAGACCUAACUAUGUCCGACAUAGUGGCAAAUUUUAACGUAACAAAUUACCUUUUAAGUUCUUAACUUAGAUUAACAACAACUCUUAAUGAUUUUGUCUUCUUUUUUUAUUAUUUGCAUUAUCAGACUGUUAUGUAGCAAGUUGAUAACUUAUCAGAUAUCAAAUUUUCCCGAAUGAUUUUUAAUUUGUGUAAUUAGGCUCAAGUUCAGUUCUAAUUAUUUUACUACAUAUAAAUAAGGCUCCUAGACACAAAUGCUUGUGUAUUGUGUUGUGUUAUUCUCAAAAAAUCUAUUUAAGGAGAAUAUAAUUGUGUAUUUAGAAAUGUAUAAAAUAAUAAUUCAUCAGUUUGUGUAAUUAAUCACCAAUUAGGUGUGACCAUAAAGGUCCUUAGAUAUAUUUCAGGUUAGAAUCAUUACCCAGGAGAUCAUGUACUACCCGUGGGCAUUAUGGGCUAAAUUGGGACUUAUUGGGACACCCUCAUGAUGUGUGGUAACAGAAAUUAACAACCAAAUGCCUUUCAGUUCACUUUUUUUUUGUAUAAUUUCAAAAUUAUUAAUUCCGCUAAGGUACUAUGCCCUUGAAAUGAACAAAUUAGUCAAAAAUUUACAAGAAGUUUACAUACAUACCUACACUUUCGUAAUUGGAUAAAUCAAAAUACAAAUUGGAUCAUUUUCAGUCAAUAAUUUGUAAUUAAUUGCAUUUAAGCAGUAGCACCCACGGCUGACAGCCAAAAAUAAGUAACUUUUUGCUGGCAAUGACCCACAUAAAAUCUAUUUGCAAUAUGCUUUGAAAGUGUAAUUGUAUGAACAAGGACAUGUUAUUUUAGAUUGAAAUUUUAAUUGUAAUGUACCAUCGUGCACACUGUUUGCUGGCAAUUCGUAAACCUUACUAAACAAAGGUCCACGGAUGGUCAAUUGAACAGUGUUUGUGUAGUACAAUAUUAACGUAUGUAUGUGUGUGCUCAGGGCGCGGAGCGCGGGUGUGGAGGGUGCGGGGAGGCGGGGCGAGGGCCGCGGGGGGUUGCGGAGCCGACAACUGCUGUUUUGCUGUUGUUGCUGUUCAUAAAGUUAUGAGUAAAAUUUUUAUAUUAUUGACCAACCAGACUUGUCUCACGUAGGUACUUAAAUGACCCAUACGUUUAACAGUAUCUUUUAAACAGCAUUUAUUCCUAAUAAAUUAAAAAAUGUACUUUUGAAGUUAGAAACUAGUAAUGACAGAUGCUGUGCUGGUGAUCGCGGACUAACGUUUGCAUUUGUUUGGCAGGCCGCGAGCAGGUGCCGCUGGCCUGCUGUGGCAGUUUCCCGCUGAUUGCUGUGUUUGCAGACUUUCCAGAUGCGUCUAGGUUUCAUGUACAGGACUACGCCCCCCGCCGAUGCGAGUUAGCUUAGUACACCCAUAUAUUUUCUUUCGAGAUUUUAUUUAGAGUUAGAUUUAAGAUUUUUGAAGUUGCAAGAGAGAAGACAUCGACUGGACACCUGGGACUUGGAUUCUGUAUGUAGGUUAAAAUGUCGUAAAUAAAUAGAGUUAACAC